UUUCACCUUAAGUUCUCUCUCUCUCCACUUGGUCCCCUUUAACUCAGCUCCUAUUCCAUCUAAAUUAGUAGUAUAGCCAUCCAGACAUGGCGCUAACUCAUUCGGACCAAGCGGUCCAGGGCUCCGUUGGGUCUGACUCUCAACGAGCACCCGACCCGUCAUAUACUAGCACACGAGUCCAUCAGUACUGCCAAGAUACCACAGCUCCUGCGAACGCCCACUUGUUCUCAGCUCCGCCAGAACACCUUGGGGUUUCACGGGAAAGGGCCAAUUCAGGGGUUGUUGGCUCAAUCGACAAUACCCUUGUUGAGCGGCAAACAACUAGCAGCCCGAAAGGAGAAGCGUCGGCAUCAGGCGCUGCUACCUACGCCAGGACUAGUGUUGACGUUCGGUGCGUCGGAACUCACUUCGGCGACUCCGAUGCGGCGUCGCCCAGACAAGGACCAGGCUCGUCGACGUCGAGAGAACUGCGCCUGAAAUAGAGAAAGAGCCCUCGCAAAUGCUAAUCAGACAUAGGUGAGAGUGGCGAUAGCGCGAGGCUAUAUCGGAUUACCUAAGUUUCGUCCACGGACCGGUUCAAGACGGACCCUUCUUAUGAAAUCAUUCUU